CCUCUCUUUGUUUGGUUUGUAUAAUUUUCUGAAAUUUCGUCUCUUUUUAAAAAUGGUAGUUGAACGUUUACAGUAAAUUUUGUUAUUGAGGGUUAUUUAAUGGUGUAUAUUAUUGACACAAUGACAUCUGGCAACAAUAUUGAAACAGAAUAUUUGGAGCUUAAUGCUAAAAAUGAGUGGCCGGUAGUAUAUCAGAGAAUAAGGUCAAAAAGUUUAAAAGACAACAGUAGUUAUUCAGAAGCCACUAAGCCACAAAACAAGGUUUUGAAUCGAUAUAGAGACGUAAGUCCUUAUGAUCACAGUCGAAUAAUAUUACAGAGAGGUUCUACUGAUUAUAUUAAUGCAAAUUUGAUAAAAGUCGAGAAAGCAAAUAGAAGAUAUAUUUUAACACAAGGCCCACUUGCAAAUACCGUUAGUCAUUUUUGGUUGAUGGUAUGGGAACAACAAGCGAAAGCCGUGUUAAUGUUAAACAAACUAAUAGAAAAAAGGCAAGAAAAGUGUUAUCAAUAUUGGCCCGCAAAAAUUGGAGGUGACCAUAUAAUGACCUUAAGCGAUGUUGGCCUUUCUGUAGAAUAUUUAGAACAACAAGACCAUUCUUAUUAUUUAACUAGGAUUCUUAGAUUGACUGAUACUGAAACUAGCAAAUCACGAGAUAUAUUACAAUUUCAUUAUAUUACCUGGCCAGAUUUUGGUGUGCCUUCUUCUCCAACAGCUUUUUUAGAGUUCCUUCGGAAAGUAAGAAGUGAAGGAGUGUUGGAAACAUCUGUUGGCCCAGCAAUUGUACAUUGUUCCGCGGGAAUUGGAAGGUCUGGAACAUUUUGCCUUGUGGAUUCUUGCUUGGUUCUUAUUGAAAAAUUCGGCCUAAAUUCUGUAGAUGUUAAGGAAAUUCUAUUAGAAAUGCGAAAAUAUCGAAUGGGUCUUAUUCAGACUCCUGAACAACUUAGAUUUUCUUAUCAGGCGAUAAUCGAAGGUGCCAAACAAUUACUUAACCAAAAUAAUUCGGAACCAGAUGAGGUUAUACCCGACUACCAUGAAGUGUCCGAAUCAGAAGAUGACGAGCCUCCCCCAUUACCCCCUCCUAGAAUGGAUAGUCUGAAGAAACAGAAUGGAACAUCUCUUGAUCGGCCACUUCCAAAUAUCCCCAAAAGUGUUUCAGACGACGACUUAAAUUAUGAAAAUAGUGAUACUUUUGAAAAAACUUAUAUUCCUAGUGGACCUUUGCCAGUGGUUCCAGCAGGAGAAGAAGAAGAAGAAGAGAGUGAAGAAGACGAGCUUGAUCCACAAUCUGAUGGUUCUGUCUCUGAUAAGUCAGAUUUAGCAAAUUCUGUAAACAGAUUAUCUCCGUCAGAAGUAAGACACAGAAAACGAGUGGAAAGAAAAGAAAACUUGGAGGCUCAAGUCCGGGACAUGAAACGACGCCAACAGAUUAACGAACAGUGGACACAACUGAAGAGGCCUAAAACAUCACUUCAAGACUGACAUUUGAACUUUUUUUGGAGAAGCCUGGACUAUGAAACAUUCAGAUUAGUUGAGGACAAGUUCUGCGGUCUUACUUUUUAGUCAAACUAGUCAAAAUUAACUAGGUAUGUUCUCCGAGCGGCGAUAAUAUCAACGAAGAAAUCUCUUAUUGUUACAAAUUAUAUUACAUUUUAGUUAAAUCUGUAUCAAAUUUGAAGUCGCAAUUUUAUACUGUUUUAGUGGAAUCACACUUUAUAUUCUUGUAUGAAAUUGACUCAUUUAAGCUUCAACGUCUUAUCAGGAUCAUUCGUCCUCUUUAUUAUUCCACAUUCGCUACUUUUAAAAAGUGGAAUAUUUUAAUUGUAUUUUUUUAUUAUUUUAUUUAAUUGUGUGUAAUUAUGAUCUUGUACAAAUAUUGUAACUAGAUAGCAGGAAUAAUGACGUAUUCAAUCUACUGAUUUUAAUAGUUAAUAUAGUGCCUGUAACAGUCCUAUUGUAUGUUAAUUUUUCUUUCAUGUGAAAUAUUAAAAAUUGGUUUCAGUGUAAGCGAAUUGCUCACAUAUACUCUUUUAUAAGAGGAGAACUCUUAUUGUAUAUACGUGUUAAUUUUUAUACUGAUAAAUUAGAUUUUGGUAAACAAUCGAAGCCACUGUCAUUUUACACAUGUCAAAAUAAAUAUCAUGUUGUCAAUAUUAUCCAUCAAUGUAUUUACCAUAAUGGCAAUGCAAAGCAUAGAUAGUACUGGUUUAAAUAGUGUGUCUGAUAAUCUGAAUAUUUCUGUAAGUGAUGCAUUUCCAAAAUUAGAACCUCAUAAUAUAGGAAACUUUGUAAACAAUAAAAGUAUUAGCCAGAA